UAUGAGGAUUUCACAUUUUGACAGCAAUGGUGAGUUAAGGGACCGUGUGUAAAAUUGUGUUUAUAGCAAAGAUGUCCAAGUCCCGUGUACCAACAAACCUGUUAUAAUGUGUAUAUUACUGGGCAAUUUAAAUAAUAUCUGUUCACACAUUCAUUGUAACUUUUAACGUAAGAAAAAUUACAAAACAAAAUAAAAAUCAUUGUCAAAAUAAUUCAAAUAUUUCCUCAAUGUUGAAGCUAGAAGUUUAUUAUGAUUUGCUUGACCUUAUAUGUAAAAAACGUGUAAUUCUGACAGUGUUUGUCUGACAUUUUGAAAAACAAGGCAGGUGGUAAUUCCACACACAACAACAUGUUUUCACUGAUUAUAUUCAUGGCCUGGAAAAUUACUGCUGACAGCCCUCAGUCAACACACACACACAGUGUGACCUCCUCCUUUUCCAGCAGCCCACUAAACAAAGUCACUGGUGGGCGGGACUACGGGGCUGUUUUCCCCACUUUCCGGGUGUCACAGCCAUGAUGCCGAGCUCUGAUUGGCUCCUGUCUGCGCACACGUCACAAUCAUGAUUAGAAUUGAUGAUCGGACGCUCUGAUUUCAUUGUCUGGCAUUGGGGACGGCUGAAGAAAUCUGCUGAAUUUGAACGUCCGUUGUGAUUUUGACAACACCAAUGGCCUCGUGUCCCUCCGUUUCCUCCUGAUUUGAACCUGCGUGCCAGAAACACAGAAACAAGAUGACUCCGGUCAGACAUGCGCUAACUUAGAGGAGUAUGGAGGUUUUGCUGUGAACUGCAUGGCAACUCCAUUCCCUUCCAGUAGCAGAAUGGAUGCAUGGUCACAACGUCGAGGCCUGCAGGCUAUGAACCUGCGCUCAGUGUUCACACCUGAACAGCAGAGGAUUCUCGAACGUUACUACGAUAAUGGGAUGACCAAUCAGAGCAAGGCCUGCUUCCAGCUGAUACUCCAAUGUGCUCAGGAGGCCAAACUGGACUUCAGCGUGGUUAGGACAUGGGUCGGCAAUAAAAGGCGUAAGCUUGCAUCCAGGGUAGACCAGAAUGGAGGUGUCACUCACUCCCUCGUCAGUCACGGACUUGCUGGGGGACUACUCACCAAUCACACAUUAGCGGGAGGCGCUCUGGCCAAUCAUAGCAUGGCGACAGGGGCACUGCUUUCUGCUGACAUAGCUGCAGCACGGAACAUCCCCAAUCGAGUGCACCUUCUGCCUCCAUCAUCAUCUUUCCCAUCUUUUUCCACCUCAUCCUCCUCUCUUUCCUCCUCGUCUUCCAUGAACAGUAUAAGCAACAACAACCACAACAACAACAAUGACGUCAUAUUGACCGGAAUUUACUCUUUAAACUCUGCCAGUCGGCCUCAACCAAAACCUUUGGUGCCACCAUCUCAGUCUGACCCAGACCUUAGUGUCCACACACACUCAUCCCUGAUCAGCCAAGUCCUGCAGGGUAGGGGCAGCUCCACCUCCUCACCCUUACACUCAAAGCUGGUGUCCAUCUCUCAGAAUCUCCCAUCCCCCACAAAUGCCUCAGGGCCCUCAGGCUACACCACAGUCAGAAAGGGAAGUCUACCUAUGUCAGAAGCAGGGGCCAUUGCAGGAACAGGGGUCGCCCCACAGACCUGGUCUAGGCAGUAUGGUACGGCACAGACACACCGUGAGGCUCAACCUCAGCCCAGACCUCACUCCAAUCCUGGAUCUCAACCAGUCGUUCCCCAAAAAGCACACGUCUCCCUCCCCAUCCAGAACGCCGCUCCUCCCUCUGAUCAGACGCCACGUAUCCAGCAGGUCUUCACUUUGUCAGAAAAGGAGGAGUCACAACGACUGAGACCUGGAGCAGUCACUUCUCAGAAAGGUCAGGAGUGUCAGAGACGUGCGACGCCUCCUUUGGACACUAGUCAUAACUUUUCAAUCGCCAUGGAGACUGGAGAUGAGGCAGAUGAGUGGCAGAGGGAGGAGGAACUGGCCAACAUGGCCACUCGAACACAGAUUUACAGGGAGCAGAAAUCACACAGCCCGACGGAGGCUGAGGGCUCUGCGGUGAGAGGAGGCCACGCGACUACUUCCAGACCUGCACUGCUUCACGGCAGCACAACUCUUCAGGGCAGCUACUCCGAUACAGAACAGACCUCACUCAUGGGGGACUGCAGCUCACAGACUUCAGUCAGUAUGUCUGCAGCCCCCUGGCUUAUUAGCAACUCCAGAAAAAGAACACUGCAGGAUCGGACCCAGUUCAGUGACGCCGACAUCUUUCAACUGAAGCGUUAUUGGGACAGAGGGAUGACCAGUUUGGGUUCAGUAUGCAGGGAAAAGAUCAAUGCUGCAGCCAACCAACUCAGCGUAGACACUGAAAUAGUCAAGACAUGGGUCAGUAACAGACGAAGGAAAUACCGUCUUAUGGGUAUUGAGAUUCCACCUCCUCAGGGCGGUCCUGCUGUAUUCACAACCAUGUCCCCCGCUCAUGACCCGUGCUCUAUGACCCUGAGCCCUGAUGGAGACCGGCUGAAAUCUCCCGAUCCUGCAGAAGACUUCAAUGACGCUGAAUCCACUAGCUUCUCUGAAGACGGGACCAUCGACUCACAACACAGAGACGGAGAAGACACAACAACAGACGGGUCAAACACUGUGGCAGUGACCAAUAUUGUGAAAAUUGAAGUAAUUGGUGAAAAUGAAGAAGAUGAGGAUAAUGGUAACGACGUGGGUGAAUUUGCUGCUUCAGACCUAGAGCAAAUGCAGAACCUGUUGGAAUUCAAGCAUGAAGAAGUGCAGUUCUUGGAGAACGAGCUAGAGAACCAAAAACAAAGAUACCUUGAAUUAUUAAGCUUCACAAAGAGCUUGCUCAGUGCUGUGAGGAAUAAUGACCUGGAGAGACAGCAGGAACUCAUGGCCAGUCUACCUCAUUCUACAGACCAGGACUGGGAUGCAGUUUUUGAGAGAGGAUCCCAUUCUGACGCUGAGACGGCAGACCUAAUCUACAACCAGGACCCUACCUACGCGGCCGACACGCACAGUGUAGAGCCUCGAUUGGUGUCGGAAAAGGAAAACCUGCUGGUUAAAGUGAACAAAGACUGUUGGACUAAUGAAGACACUGGGCCUCCUGCACCAGAGGAGCAAAUGCAGGAAUCCUACACACAAUAAAAAUGACUCAUCCUUUGAACUUGAACUCUCAUUCUCAGACACACACAGACACACAUGCUAAUUCAUUCUUCUGUCCCAGUGCCUGUGGAUUCAAGCUUCACGACGACUGUUGGUUAGAAUGACAAAGGCCUUUUUUUUUACUGCAUAUCAUCCUCCAUGCUCUGGAUCAGUCUGGAGACAACAAUAAAUGACCUCUAACUAA